UGCAGGGCGCGGUGGUGGUGGCGGCUCCCCGCGGGGUGACCUUAAUAGGGCUGCCCCUGCGCUGGUAGCGAGCAGAGUCCCGCUGGGUUGUCCCACGCUCGCUCCUCUCCGAGCUGCCCUUCCUGUCUUGGGGGUCUCCUAAGCUUGCAAAAUGGCUGACAACCGGGACGACGCCUCGGACCAGCUGAAGCAGUGGCGGAGCCAGAGGGGCUCGCAGAAACCAGAUGUCUUGACCACUGGUGCUGGGAACCCCGUAGGGGAUAAGCUUAAUAUCCUGACAGUAGGGCCACGUGGUCCUCUUCUUGUUCAAGAUGUUGUUUUCACUGAUGAGAUGGCUCAUUUUGACAGAGAGAGGAUUCCUGAAAGAGUUGUGCAUGCAAAGGGGGCAGGAGCCUUUGGUUAUUUUGAAGUCACUCAUGAUAUUACCCAGUAUUGCAAGGCAAAAGUGUUUGAACACAUUGGAAAAAGAACUCCGAUUGCUAUCCGAUUCUCCACUGUUGCUGGAGAAUCUGGGUCAGCUGACACAGUUCGGGACCCUCGAGGCUUUGCAAUGAAAUUCUAUACAGAAGAGGGUAACUGGGAUCUUGUGGGAAAUAAUACUCCCAUCUUCUUUAUUCGGGAUGCAAUGCUGUUUCCAUCCUUCAUCCAUAGCCAAAAGAGGAACCCUCAGACUCAUUUGAAGGAUCCAGACAUGGUGUGGGACUUCUGGAGUCUUCGCCCUGAGUCUUUGCAUCAAGUGUCUUUCUUGUUCAGUGACCGUGGUAUUCCAGAUGGUUAUCGCCAUAUGAAUGGAUAUGGAUCACAUACUUUUAAAAUGGUUAAUGCUAGCGGAAGAGCAGUUUACUGCAAAUUCCAUGCAAAGACUGAUCAGGGCAUCAAAAAUCUUCCUGUUGAAGAAGCAGCAAGGCUGGCUUCUACCGAUCCUGAUUAUGGAAUACGUGAUCUUUACAAUGCCAUUGUCAAGGGGGACUAUCCAUCAUGGUCUUUCUACAUUCAAGUUAUGACGUUUGAAGAAGCAGAGAAGUUUCCAUUUAAUCCUUUUGAUUUAACUAAGAUCUGGCCACAUGGUGACUACCCCCUCAUCCCUGUGGGAAAGCUUGUCUUGAACAGGAAUCCCGUCAAUUACUUUGCAGAGGUAGAACAGAUGGCAUUUGAUCCUAGCAACAUGCCACCUGGUAUUGAACCUAGCCCUGACAAAAUGCUGCAGGGUCGUCUCUUUUCAUAUCCUGACACUCAUAGACAUCGUCUGGGACCCAACUAUCUACAAAUUCCUGUGAACUGCCCCUUCAGAGCUCGUGUGGCCAAUUACCAGAGGGAUGGACCAAUGUGCGUUUCUGACAACCAAGGUGGUGCCCCAAACUAUUACCCAAACAGUUUUACUGGUCCAGAAGAUCAGCCUGUGUGGAAGGAGACCCGCGUGUCUAUUUCGGGAGAUGUGCAGCGCUUCAACAGUGCAAAUGAAGAUAAUGUGACUCAGGUGCGAGACUUCUAUACCAAAGUGCUGAAGGAGGAUGAACGUCAAAGGCUGUGCAAAAACAUUGCUGAUCAUCUUAAGGAUGCGCAAGUCUUCAUUCAGAAGCGAGCUGUGAAAAACUUCACGGAUGUUCAUCCUGACUAUGGUGCUCGUAUUCAGGCUUUGCUGGACAAGUACAGUGCUGACAGUGGGAAGAAGGAUGUAAUCAGGACAUACACACAGUCCACAUCUCGUAUGUCUGCCAAAGAGAGAUCCAACUUGUAAAGCGUGCUGCAGAGAUUCACUCUACCAAUUUUGCGUCCUUACAACUGCAGGGCAACCCGUGGAAGAGAUUAAUGAAUGUAGCAACUUCUGCACAAAUACAGAAUUGUUUUACAGGCUCAGUUUCUUAAGCUUUCAAGUGCCCGUAUCUGUAUUGGAAACUAGGUAACACAAGCCAACAACCUAGUGCCUUUCAACACUAGUGCUUUACUGCUUGUUAACAACAUAUGGUGUUUUUAAGGAAACUCAUGAUUAAAAAUCCUCUCCAUUUGUAGAAGCAAACAUAAGUUUAAUGAAAAUAUUGUCUCUUUUUUAUUGUAAAACUUUGCCUGGCUAAAUCACACAGUAGAACUGUAAUGAAGCUGUGAUUAUCCAUGUGGAUAAACUUCUUAAUGUUGAAAAGUUGCUGUUGCUCAUUAUGUCUAAUAAAAUACCUGUAUGUAUUUGUAGGCAGUUCCUUUUGAAUUUCCUUUUUGGCCUUUCAGAAGUAAAAUAAUAUGCAAUAAUUUGACUAAAAUAUUAGUUGCGUGUCAUUCCUCAUGAUCAAAAUGAAACUAAUGACAAAGCUUAUUCUGAAUAUAGGUAAAUUGUAUUCCCAAUACAUAUUUUAAGAUAAUCUUUGUUUACUAAUGCUAGGUUGGGAUAUAACUGACCUAAGAGAUAGGAAAGGAUGUUUUCUUAUUACAUACACUUCUCAACAAAAUUGAUUACAUCUUACAGUUCUUUGGGUGAGGAGGAAUUGUUCUUUCUAAUUGCCAGAAUUUAAAUAGAAAAAUAUUAAUGCUCCAAGUGUCUGAGAUAUUAACCUCCAAAUGCUUGAAUAUUUUUAUCUUGGCCAAAUUUAAGAUGAAGCACUUUCAAAACCCUCUCAGUGGUUCCUGAAAUUCUGUUAUGUUACUGCUAUCACCAGAUAUUGCUACAUAUUGAUCAAGCCAGAGCUAGUUUUCAGAGGUAACCUUUAAUUGAAGUCUGAGUCUCUCUGAGUGUGGGUAUCUAUAGCUAGAUAUAUAUAUAAGGCCUGAUUUUAAGCAUAUUAUGUUGCCUAGUAUUUUCAAUUUAGUUAAUCAGUGCAACAGAUUUUAGUACCCUUUGGAUUGAAAAGUGUUCCAUAUUAUUGCUUAGAGCCGAAGGAGUUUAGCGUAGUAAUAUUUCUUGUGUCCAGUUUUGGAGUAUGAUCUUUAAUCAGGUCAAGCUAAUUGUCGCAAAAUGAAAGUGUUUAUUUUUGAGAACUUAGAGCAGUAAUUAAAUGAUAAUGAUGGAAUUUCUGGACACUACCUUAGUUGAAUCUGAGUUGUGGUUGCCUAAGAAAGUGCAUUGGCAGCAUCUGAGGCUUUACUAUCCAAGCAUACAACAAAACCAGGUCUUAAACCAUUGAUUUGUAAGGGUCAAAAUCUCACCUAGUAUUUUUUUCUUUAGAGAAUUCUUUGGGAAGUGUUAGCCAGUUGUGAGGGAAUCAGUGUCCAAGCUGAUUGUUGGAGCUUUGAAUGAAAGAAUGUCAUACCUGUUGCAAGUUGAAGUUGGUCUGUUAAGACAAAGUGUUUCAGAAACGUGCUCAGUAGGAUCAGGCAAUUCACCAUGCUUCUGAAAGCCUGGCUAGUUAUAAUAAGGACCUUGUCUCUUCUUUCUUCCUCUUAGCAGUGUCAAAGAGAAAUAUCAGUGUAUGCGUAAUUAGGCCAGAUCCUUGUGCAUCAGUACCCCUCAUUUGAAAUAUUUGCUUUCCUUGUUCACCUGCUGAUACUGUCUCAUUAAUAUUUGGAUUGGAGAAAGCGUGAACGAUUAUACAAAAGAUUUCAGAGUCCAGCUACUAGCUCUUAACUCAAGGAAAUACGAAUUUAAAGUCAUAGCAGGUUUUUUCCACUAUUCAGUACACUUCAGGGUCUGUGUUGAGUUGUGUUUUGAGUAGGAGUCCUUCCUAAUUUGACAUUUAAGUGCGAAGUGGCAUUCCAAGAAGUGAUGGCGGAUAAAGAAUAGAUACUGAAGUGCUGUUACUUUAAAUUGUAGAAAUCUUGCUACUUCUCCAACUCAUUUAUCUACUAAUCUAUUGUGAGAAAUUAGCUGUGGUAUAGAUGCAGUAAAAUAAUAUGAACUGAUAGCCUACUCUGUUCUGGGAUCAACUAGAUUUUUACCUGAUCAGGCAGGUGGGAGCUGAAAGAACCACAUGAGUGGGUGGGAAUAGUUUUGCUGGAGCAUAGAAUCCUAGUGAGAUUUGUAAGAGAAUGAGCAAAGCUGAAUCUAAUUUUGGUUGUGUCUGCUAAAUGGAUUGCAUUGUCUUCCUCUUUUAUUUCUGAAAUAAAACUGAAUUUGAAA